AUGAGAAACCUCUUGUUUCUCUCGCUUCUUGGCCUAGCCACCGCUCAAACCUUCACGCCCCAUCUAGAAGAUCAUGAACAACUUCCCGAGGAGGCGAAGUCCUUGACUGGCCAAGCUUUGGUCGACUACAUCAACAAUCUAAAGACCUCAUGGAGUGCCUCAGCCGACCAUAAGUUCAAGUCCGCCUCCAAUGAGGAAAUAAAACCGUAUUUGGGAUUGAUCGACAUGCCGGUUGAGUACGACAAAUUGCUGGGCGAACAACCCGUUCAUGCCGAGGACGAUUUGCCCGUUGAAUUUGAUGCUCGCGAGAAAUGGCCCAACUGCAAGUCCCUAAGCGUGAUUCGUGAUCAGUCUCACUGUGGCAGUUGCUGGGCGGUCGCUGCCGCCGGCGCUAUUUCCGAUCGUAUCUGUAUACACAGUAAUGGCGAAAAACAAGUGGAAAUCUCGGCUGUAGAUCUCUUGAGUUGCUGCAAGUUGUGUGGAAUGGGGUAAGGAACUGUUUAUAUAAAAAGUCCGGCAUCCUCCGCCAUUUUUGGGCAAAGAGACAGACUUGACUCAAAGUGUCAUGUCUUCCCUUAUGCCAAAUUACGCUGAAAUCUAAUCAAAACUUGCUUUCAGAUGCUUCGGUGGAGCGCCUGAAGCCGCGUGGGUGUUCUUCGAGCUCCGCGGACUAGUUUCCGGAGGAGAAUAUGGCGAUAAGAGCACCUGCCGACCUUAUCCAUUCGAGCCUUGUGAGCAUCAUAUCGAUGGCCCCAAAAAGCCUUGUGGCAGUAUUUCUCCGACUCCAAAGUGCGAGAAACAAUGCCAAAGCGGUUACCAAGCCGAUUUCAAACAAGACAUCCACAAGGGUAAGCAAAAAUUAGCAUCUUCUUGCGCUGUCUGCAGUUUUGAGGGCGCAGUUUGCCGAUUGAAUUUUUGAUGACAAAACUUGCAAUUCAAAAUUUUAGGUAAACUGUCGUUCCCCGUGAAGUUCGGCGAACACGCAAUUAAAGCUGAAAUCUACAACAAUGGCCCAGUUGAAGCCGGAUUCUCCGUUUUCGAAGACUUUGUCCAUUACAAAUCCGGAGUUUAUCAAGUAAGUUUGAUAAUCUCCCCUCUUAUUCAACUCUAAACCCAUUCUUUGUUUGUUUUUCUAUUUGCUCGUUUGAUUAUCAGCCUAAAGAGUACUGUAAUUUUCAGCACAAAGCCGGGGGUUUCCUUGGUGGUCAUGCUGUGAAGGUCCUUGGAUGGGGCGUUGAAAACAACACCAAUUACUGGUUGGUCGCCAACUCGUGGAACGAGGAUUGGGGAGACAAAGGCUACUUCAAGAUCCUCCGCGGCCAUAACCAUUGCGGAAUUGAGACCAGAGUUUCGGCCGGUAUUCCAAAGGAUGACUAA